AUGAUGAAGAAGAACCAUACCAACCUUCACCUUCUUAUCUCUAUCUUUUUCCUCUCUCCUUUCUGUUCAUGGGUUUCCUUAGCCCUGGCACGAUCUGAAACUACUAUCCCAGUGAAUGUGGGGGUUGUUCUCGAUGACGUUAAGUAUUCAGUAACCAAGGAUAUUUGGUUGAGUUGCAUCAAAAUGGCUCUUGUCGACUUCUAUGCUACUCAUGCUCUCUACAACACUAGGCUUGUCUUGAACACUAGGCACUGUAGAGAAAAUGUUGUCAGUGCAGCUGGUGCAGCUCUAGAUCUGAUAAAGAAUGAACGAGUGAAAGCCAUCAUCGGACCUGUGACUUCCAUGCAGACAAGCUUUGUCAUUAAUCUUGGAAACCAGGCUCAUGUUCCUAUUAUAUCAUUUUCUGCAACUAGCCCUUCUCUUACUUCUCUCCGGAUCCCCUAUUUCUUUCAAUUUGCACAAAUUGACUCAUACCAAGUGAAAGCUAUUAGUGCAAUUGUUAAAGCCUUUGGAUGGAGACAAGUCGUGCCAAUCUACAUAGACACUGAGUAUGGAGAGGGAAUCAUACCAUACCUAACUGAUUCCUUGCAAGAGAUAGAUUGUCGUGUCCCAAACCGGAGUGUCAUUUCCUCAUCAGCCACAGACGGCCAAAUCGUUCAAGAACUUUCCAAGUUAAUGUUGAUGGAAACCAGAGUCUUCAUUGUCCACAUGACAGCUAAUCUAUCCUCUAGACUAUUUGUCAAGGCAAAAGAGAUUGGGAUGAUGCGCGAAGGUUAUGUGUGGAUCACUACUAAUGAGAUACUUGAUAGAUUACAGUCUCAAAAUUCUACAGUCCUCAAUUCCAUGCAGGGUGUGUUGGGUGUACAAACUUUUGUUCCACCAACACCAGAGCUUGAAGCGCUCAAGGAACGGUUGAAUCGGCAAUUCCAUAUAGACAUUGGUGCUGAAUUGGAUGUUUUUGGACUUUGGGCUUAUGAUGCUGUUUUUGCACUGGCCAUGGCAAUUGAACAAGUAAUUGGACCUACAACUAGCUAUCCCUUCCAAGAGCCAAAUGUUACUUCCAGCCACUCGACUGAUCUUGAAGGUUUUCCGGUCUCUCCAUAUGGUCCAGAACUUUGCAAAACUCUGUCAGCUGCUAGGUUUCAAGGCAUAGCUGGACAUUUCAGUGUUGUUGGUAGGCAACGUGAACCAUCAAAAUUUCGGAUAGUCAAUGUUAAUGGUAACGAGGCAAGAACAGUUGGAUUUUGGUCGCUGAAAGAAGGCCUAGUGAAAAGAUUGAAUUCGUCAGCAAACUCAAGUAAACUUUCAAGUACAAAAUUUAAGUUUGGACCUAUUAGGUGGCCGGGAAAUUCUUCAUCUGUUCCCAAGGGUUGGGAGAUCCCAACAAAUGGCAAGAAAUUGAGAAUCGGAGUUCCUGUCAAGGUUGAUUUUACUGAGUAUGUUAAGGUAACAAUAAACCACAGCGCUCACACAACAGAUGUUACAGGCUUCAGUGUCGAUGUCUUUAAGGCUGCAGUGGAAUUACUACCAUAUGAUCUUACUUACGAGCUCAUUCCCUUUGCAAACUCCAAUGGCACCUGCGCAGGCACUUAUGAUGAGUUGUGCUAUCAAGUAUAUCUUGGGAAGUUGGAUGCUGUGGUGGGAGAUACUACUAUUAGAGCAUACAGGUCAUUAUAUGUGGACUUUACAAUGCCAUACUCAGAAUCUGAUGUAGCAAUGGUCGUGCCCGUCAUCGACUUCAAGAGCAAACAUGUAUUGGCUUUCUUGAGGCCUUGGACAUGGGACCUGUGGCUAACAACUUGUUUUUUCUUUGUCUAUAUUGGUUUUGUGAUUUGGGUUCUUGAACAUCGAAUUAACAAGGAAUUUCGCGGCCCUCUCUCGCAUCAAGUUGGCACCAGUAUCUGGUUCUCCUGCUCAACCAUGGUGUUUGCACAUAGGGAGAAAGUUCUGAGCAACUUGGCUAGAUUCAUUAUGAUCAUCUGGGUUUUUGUCGUGCUUAUAUUGACAAUAAAUUACACAGCCAGUUUAUCAUCACUGUAUACAGCUGAACAACUCAAGCCAGUUACUGAUAUAAAUGAUUUACUUAGGAAUCAGGAUAACGUUGGCUACUUCAAGAACUGUUAUGUUUACGAUCUGUUGAAACAAGUUGGUUUUAAUGAUUCCAAGCUGAAGGCAUAUGAAAGAAUGGAAGAAGUUGAUGAAGCUCUUUCGAAAGGGACUGCAAAUGACGGUAUUGCUGCUGUUGUUCAUGGAACCCCAAAGAUGAAGCUUUUUCUUGCCAAAUAUUGUUCUAAAUAUACCAUGAUUGAAGCGAUAUUUAGAACUGACGGAUUUGCCUUUGUGUUUCCAAAACGUUCCCUACUUGUAGACGAUGUUUCACAGGCAAUCUUAAACAUUACAGGAGGAGAGAAGAUCAUGGAACUUGAAAACAAAUGGUUGAAGAAAGAAUCCGAUUGCCAAGAUUGGAGUGGCACAAAUAUUCCUAGCAUAAGUCAUGGGCUUGGUGGCUUUUGGGUGCUAUUCCUCAUUGCCGGGUUGGCUUCAAUACUCGCUCUAAUCAUAUUUGUAGCUUCCUUCAUUCACAGGCAUAGGUACGUAUUGGUGCAACCGGGUUAUUCAGAAGCCUCGACAUGGAGAAAGAUCCGAGCUCUGUUCAAAAUUUUCAAUCAAAAAGACCUCGACUCUCACACUUUCAAGAGGAGUGAAAGUUCGAGAUGCAGAAAUGAAGUCACCAAACAACUUCCCCAGAACUGUAGUUCACCAGAAUCAGGAUCACCCUCAAACAAACAACCUCAACACUGCUCCUGA